AUGGGCUCACGUCUUCGCUCCAAGAUGGGGCGCGUCUGCAGUGCCAUCAUUGGUGUGCACUUCGCCAUGACCUCCUCUCUCUUUCUUUCCUCAGCCUUUGCUCACGACACCGCGUUUGAGCAGCACUGGAACUAUAGUAAGCCCACCCUGCGAAAGCGGGUGCACUACUUUGAUUUCUGGAGAUCUGCCUUUUACUCCCCUGUGCUCUCGAAAGAGGAGCGUGAGUGCCUCGACGUGUGGAUGAGUAUUCUAGCGCUUCGUUCACCGAUGUUCGCCACGGUUCAACUCUCUCCCAAGGCGGUGCUGCAGGACUCGAUGGCGAUAUUGCAGGGCAUUAGCGAGCUGCGUGAUGGCGUCUACCUUCUCGAGAAGUUGCCGAUCCGUGUGGAGCCGUACCUGCAAGAGAUUCGCCGCGAGCCCCAGGGCAGCGUUGUUUUUUUGCAUGGAAAAACGCGCACCGACAUCCGCCUUGCCGUUCCCUUCACCAGCUAUUCCAUCCCGCUAUGCCUCUUUCCCGCCUCCUUUACUUUGCAGCUCGAGCGCACCCCCACGAACGGGCACAUGCACAUCACCAUGGUGGAGCAUCGCUGGUUUAGUGGCUUGAUCUGGUCCCACCAGACUAACUCCGUGGCAUCUCCGUGGGGGGAUGUAGGGGAUUUAUGUCGCCGCUACAACGGCUUUUUGUGGUCGCUUAUGGUAACCAAGAAGAUCUCUCUUGAUGAGCGGCGGCGCGCACUCGCCACGAGGGCGGCGGAGAUAGAGGCUGAUCUGAAGAAGCAACAGGAACAGCAGAUCAACCUGUGA